AUGUCUUCUGUUAACCGGCGUUUAACCGGCGCACAAUACCUGGCUGCUCUUUGCAGCUCAGACUUACGAGCAAUGUCUUCUCCGCGACCAGCAGAAUAUAUAUCGAAAGUCAAGCAUAGUUGGGCCGGCCACAUUAUGAGAAGAAUCGACGAUACAUGGGCCGAAAGAACGCCAGAGUGGAUCCUAGGAGAUGCUGAACGCCCUCGAGGGAGACCGCCGACGAGAUGGGGUGAUGUGCCCGCUACACGGAUGGACCAUCUAAGAGAGCAACUGGAUACGGCUUAA